AUGGCGAGCUGCCUCUGCCCCAAGGAGCACCUCUCAGUUUUCAGAGCGCCCCGCAGCUGUCCGCCCGCCUCGGCGAGCCGCGCCGCGCCGCUGGAGGAGGAGGACGAACGAACCACCUUCCUUCACGUGAUUUCGAGGAAGAGGAGCGGUGACACAACGGCCCGCAGCAGCUGGGGAACCUCCGGCUCCUCCUCCAGCGGGAGGGAAAGCGAAAGCAAGAAGCCGGCGGCCGCGGGAGGGAAGGGGGCAGGGAGAGGCAUCCCGACGGGAGCUCCGCAGGUUCCAAUGGAUUUAUCAAGCCCACUGCAUUCCUUGGAAGAUAAUGGUUUUCAUGUGAUAAACCCUGACCCUUCUGAUACGCCAAAAGAUGAGAUGGAAAGUCUUAAACAAGAACUGGAGAAAUGGAAGGAAAGACUUGAACAAGCUGAGAAAACAAAAGCUGACCUUCAACUUAGCAAAUUAAUUGCUGAGGAAGAAUAUGAGAAAAUACAGCAUGAGCUGACAGAGCUAAAGGAUGCUCAAGAGGAACUUAAUAAAGAAAGUGACAUGUCUAAGGACGUCUAUGAGACAGAACUUUCUGUGCUAAACCAAGAGAAUGCUGAGCUGAAGAGAGAGAUUGAGAAGCUCAAAGAAGAGCUUGCAGAAUGUUGUUCAGCGCUUUCACAGGAUGGUAAGAUUAAAAAAAAGGUGGCAGAAAUGAAAGUGGAGUUCACUCACAUGGAAGACACAGAGGGUGGCUUUGCAGAUACAAAUACCCACUGCGUUUUUUCUGUAACAACAAGAAUCCCAUUCAAACUGAACCAAAACCAAGCACUGCUUACUUUGGAAGAUGAAGAAGUUGCCGAGAGACUGACAAAGAUGGGUAAGCAUACUGUGAACCUGGAUGGAACUACAGCAGAUGUGAAAGUGGUGCCUUUCACAGUUGGAAUGGGAGUCAAAUUUGAGCUCCACGUCACAAUUUCUGGAAAGAAGAUCAAUGUUUCAGACAUCCCUGAGCUACCGAUUCCUGAUGAGUGGAUGAGAGACAAAUUAGAGCUGAAUUUCUACAAAUCUGAACAUGGAGGAGGAGAAGUAGAAAAUGUAAAAUAUGACAAGAGGUCCAGAACAGCUGUUAUUACCUUCACUAGACCUGGAGCAAUGGCCAGCAUUGUGAGAUGUGCUAGACACCCUUUCUAUGUAAAUGGAAGGUGCCAUAGGAUUUCUGUGUCCCCAAGCACUGAUGGACACUUGGAAAAGCUUCAGCUCUUUUCUGGUAUUUCUACAAAGACCAUUCUACUGAAAGGAAUUAAAGAGACUGAAGAUGAUGAGGAAAGUGUGCAGGAUAUGAUUGAAAUUCAUUUCCAGAAGCCUAGUAAUGGUGGUGGGGAAACAGAGAGUAUCAAAUAUGUAUCAAAAGGAGCUGUGUGGGUUUCUUUUGAAGAGGAUGCUUAGAAUGCUGUAUAUAAAAGUGUAUCUCUCUCUCAGAAGUUCUGAGCUUUUGCUUCAUCAGAGGGAUAAGUUACACCAAUGGUUCUCAUACAAUUGUGCCUUAAUGUUUAGAAAUUGAAAAAGAGGAACUACCUUUCUGAUUUGUUUAAUGGCAUGAACUUUGAACAGAAAUUCAGUAGAACUUAAUGCUGAGUGUUCCAGGUGUUCCUGAUGAAAGUCAUGGAGAAAGACUUCAUCUGCACACAUAACCUAAUCUAUGAUUGCUUCUUGCAAAUUCACAGAUUUUGUAUCUUGUCCAUUUUCUAUAGAUUUACCCCACUUUAACCGAUUCCAUCUUCAGUUUUGUUACAGAAGCCACUCAUAACCCAGUGUAAAGCACCUUCAUGAAUCCACAGAUCUGGGGGUUUUAUUGGUGUGUGCUGGCAUAACUCAAAUACUUGAAAGCAACAUUUAUGUGAUUGCAUCAGAUAAAUUACUGAAUUGGUGAUAAAGCUACAACAGUAGUGAUAUGUAUUUAUAUCCAACAUAUACAUGCUGGUUGUGAAAGGAGAAUGCAAAAAUAUCACUUAUCAGAUUUACUUGCAACCCAUGAGAAAAGACACAUCACUAAUACUGCUUUUAGCUGUCAAGGUGCUGGCCUUGAUACUUCCUCCACCAUCUAAUCCAAAUGGUUCUGAGCUUCUGAUGAGUGAAUAGUUUGAUAUAUUGUUUUUAACUUUUUUUUUUCCUACACUGGCAUUUUUGUUUCUUUGUUUUUCCGAUGUAACAUCUCACAGUUGUGAAAUCAGAUGAUUGUUUAAAACAAGUUGUUUUGGAGCUGAGCUGGAGAAACAAGGUGAUGGUGCACGCAAGGCCUGAGGUAUUUAUUUAGUGGCAUGUGCCUGGCCAGACUGCCAGCUCUGGGAGGUGAUGCAUUAGGGGGCAUUUGGAAAAAGGCACAGAGGGUUUAGGGGAAGUUUGUGGGGUUUUUCUUGCAUGUAAACUUGCCCUUUUGUUUCCAGUUCUGACUCUGAAAGAGCUUUGGAAUAAAACAGAAAUGCAAAAGCU